UAUUUAAUCUUUAAAACACACUAUAACACUUCAAUAUCACAGUAUUCAUCUUAAAAAUGUAUUAUUGACGUUAUUCAGGUACAGAGUGGUCAUUCUCGGAGAGGACUCUACAGAAGCGUUCAAUUUUGUUCUUAUGGAUCGAGGUGUGAAGAGGAUGGUUGGAAUUUCAGCCACUAAGAUGAUCUCAAACAAGCUCAAGAAUCAAACAAGUACCGAGUUUCCUGAAGAAAUUAGAGUUAUAACAGGAAAAGAGCUCAGGCUUAAGUUGCUUAUCAGUGAAGAUAAUGUUAAGGUGAAUAGCAGACUGUUUUUUGCUGUGGACGCCGUUGAUGCAGAUGCUCCUGUCUCUGCUAUUUCCUCGGUGUCGGGUACAUCGAGCACAACGUCCUCUAUUACCAAUAGUUCUGCCGUGAAACAUUUAGAAGAGACUGAGACACCAUCAACCUCAAAAUCUUCUACCAAGAGGGUGAAAGUGGAACUGUGAGUUCCACUGCUGCUAAUAAAAGGUAGAUCCGUUUGCUGCGUCCCACGCUUUGCAUGAGAAGCUCUCACUUGGAUCCUCCCAUUUCGUUGCUGCUAUCCAGUUUCUAUUAUUAUUCUCUGCUCAAUGGAUAUUGUUAAACUUAGUUGUGUUUGUCUAAGGAUUUCUAUUUUUUUUUUUGAUGUUUCUCUGUGGAUUUCUAUUACUUAUUGGUGUUUGCCUAAGGAAUUCUAUUAUUAUUAAUAAGUUCCAUUUGCAAUAA